UUACAGAUCCCACUCCCAGUUACCUUGCCGCUUCCAAGCUACCGGUUUCCUCUGACCAAGUUCUCUGCUUCCGUUAUCGCUCUCAAUGGAGGCGGGCACGAAGCGAAGGACUCAUGAGAAUAUCGCGAGCGAAGUCAGCUCGCAACAUCUCCGAGACCCCCGCGACGGGCCAGAACCAGAACACCGGUUCUGCCAUGCCAACAAGAAUCAACAUACAAAAACCUGGGUGGUUCGGCAUCGUUUCACCUUCCCCCUCUCCUUCUCUCUGCCCUAUCUUUCGUUCUGGGCUGCCCGGCUGCACCCCCUGGUCUUUUCAACUUCCACAUUCCUUUCAGCAGGCUUUUCUUUCACAAGUUCAUAAUGCGUUACUCUAUCCUACUUGCUGUGGCAGCGCCAUUAGCUGCAGUCUAUGCCGCACCCGUUAGAAGACAAGAUCGUCCGAAUAUAGAUGUCACUAUCCUCAAGUUCGCAGACGUCCUCGAACAACUAGAAUCCGAGUUUUACCAAAAGGCUCUCGACAAAUACCAGCCAUCCGAUUUCACAAGUGCUGGCUAUGCCGUACCCGACCUCGCAAUCGAGCAACUCAAGGUCAUUCAGCAGGAUGAAGCUACCCAUUCCACUGUUCUCCAAGCAGGACUCGCUGCUGUCGGCGAGCAACCCAUAACUUCAUGUAAAUUCAAUUUCGAGUCGGCUCUCACUGAUGUCGCCACCACGAUGGCUGUCGCCCGAGUUGUCGAACAAGUGGGUGUCGGAGCUUAUCUGGGAGCUGCACCUCUUGUGACCGAUCCGGUGAUCCUGCAAGCUGCGGGAAGCAUCUUGCCAAUUGAGAGCAGACAUCAGAUGAUGUUGAACGUGUUCUCGGGAUCAGGUACUGCGAUCCCUAGUGCGUUCGAUAUGCCUCUCUCUCCCAGUGAGGUGCUGAGUAUUGCGGCACCAUUUUUCGACGGACCUUGCGACUUGGGUGUUCCUGCUAACCCGACCCUUGCUAUCACGAACGAGGGUGCUGUUGGUCCUGGUAACAAGUUGACCUUCAAAUCAGAUGCCAUCAACGGUACCGUCUCGGAAGAUAAAUUAUUCUGUCAAAUGCUCGUUGGUGGUAGUCCCGCCUCGAUCACUAUGCCCUUCAACGAUUGUGUUGUUCCCGACGAUAUCAAUGGCCCCGCUCUGAUUUUCAUCACCGCAGACUCCCAACCGCUCCUUGGCAACACACUGGACCGUCAGACCAACAACGGCAAGCUCGUUGCUGGCCCAGCUCUGGCGUUCAUCGACACUCAGCCGCAGAUGCUCGGUCAGAUGGUUCGUCCUAGCGGUGCUAACAGUGGUUCCACGAGUCAAACCACCCAAACCAUCACCCCUGAGCAGGCCUCGAAGAUCAUUUCGGGCGCUUCAAGUACGACAGAAGGAGGUGCUCAGCCUACAGGUGCACCUGUAAACAAUGGUGUCAACAACGGAGGCAAGCCUAACCUUGCCAAGGGUCCUUCUGCAGACGGGAAAAUCGAUGUUCUUGGUUGGAGUGGUCUCUAGAUUUGACGUUUUCGUGACUCGAUGUUGUUGGACUUGUUUUUUCUCGGCACACUUGUGAUACCAUCUUCGGAUACCAUUUUCUUUUUUCGCGAAAGGACUGUUUAGUAGAUGACGCAUUUUUUACGUAAAGCACCUGCUUCACUUCUCUUGGCUGUUCACUUUAUUUUUCCUCUCUUUCUCUCUCUACCCCAGCCGUGCAUAGGGCAGAACGGCGUUGCGACUGUACAGCAGAAUGGAGAAAUGUUUGUAGGUCAACCGAGCUGGUUCGAGACCAUUUUGGUGUAGGCGUGUGUCAAUGCGUGAAGAUCGACGGGGAUUUUGGUGCUAGACGUCGUGGCAACGUUGAAAUGUGUGGGACUCGACGCUCAUCUCUUCAUCUUUUAAGU